CCUCACUCCAAGUACCAUCGCUACAGCUUCAUUCGGUUUCUAUACCAGUCCCUUCUUUUCAACUCACAUUCGUUCAUCAAGUCCUUCACUGUGUGAAGCCGGCAGACACUCUUUCAACCACUUUCGAACUUUCGUCUUCUUCGAACCAACCAACUCCAUUCUUUCGAAAAACUCCAUCUACAUCAGUCAACAUGUACAAGACCGUUACCUCCCUCAGCGCCAUUGCGGCUCUCGCUGCCACCGCCACUGCCCACGGCAUUGUCAACGGCGUUACCAUCGACGGUGUCUUCCAGCAGGGCUUCAGCCUCGACUACUACUACGCCAAGCAGAACAACGGCAAGGUGCCAGAGCACAUCGGCUGGUACGCCGAGAACCUCGACAACGGCUUCGUCGAGCCCAACUCCUUCGGCGAUGCCGACAUUAUCUGCCACAAGGCCGCCAGUCCCGAGGGCAGCUCCGACAGCAUGGCCAAGGUCGCCGCCGGUGGCAUCGUUGAGUUCCACUGGAACACCUGGCCCGAGAGUCACGUCGGCCCCGUCAUCACCUACGUCGCUGGCUACACUGGCGACAUUGCCGCUGUCAAGAAGGAGGAGCUCAAGUGGACCAAGAUCGAUGGUCACGGUUACGAGGACGGCGAGUGGGCUGCCAUCAAGAUGAUCGGUCAGAACAACACCUGGCCCGUCACUGUCCCCGAGAGCCUUGCCGCUGGCAAGUACGUCUUCCGCCACGAGAUCAUUGCCCUCCACGGUGGUGGUGACGCGAACGGCGCCCAGGCCUACCCUCAAUGCUUGAACAUUGAGGUCACUGGCUCCGGCACCGAGACCCCAGAGGGUGUUAUCGGUACUGAGCUCUACACUGCCACCGACCCCGGUAUCCUCUUCAGCCCCUACGGCGCCACCAUUGACUACACCGUCCCCGGACCUCCUCUCUUCGGCUCCGGCGGCUCUGGCACCACCCCCACCAAGCCCAGCACCCCUUCCGCUGCUCCCAGCGCCAGCAGCACCCCUUCUGCUCCCGCCGCCAGCCCUUCCAGCCCCGCUGCUUCCUCCAGCCCGGUCGCUACCCCCGAGGCCGAGCCUUCCACUGCUCCUUCUGCUACUCCCUCAGCUGCUCCUUCCACCGGCGGUGACGCCCUCCCCGAGAGCUUCACCAUCGACACCUUCAUCAGCUGGCUCGAGGGCAAGGCCAGCGGCUCUGCUUCCAAGGCUCGCCGCCAUGCUCGUUCUUUCUUGUAAGCGUUGAGGAAAAACGCUGGGGAUGAUAUGAUUUGAUGGAUACCCUUCUUCUGAGAGAGAUAACCUUUUGAUGGUUCGUUCGUUGGAUACGACGACUGUUUCGCUUCUUUG